AAAAUAUUAUUUGUAAUUGUUUUUUUUUAAUUUUCUUAUGUUCUAUACAAUUUUACUUAUACUAUUUAAAAGAAAAAUGGACAAAUGGAAGCAAUAGGUCAAACUUGUAGCUUGAUUACUUAUCCCCACUACUUCUCACUCAACCGAAUGGCGCGCGGCGAGAGGUUGUGCUCAGUUUCGUGUCGUGUUUCUUACGUCCUCGAAUAGUUACAACGAUACUUUUCCUUCGAGUCAUGAAUGGAUUUAUCUGUUUUCAUUUUAAUGAUACUGGAUCUAUAGUCUAAUUAAUCGAAUUCCGUAAAAUGUGUUACCAAUAACGUGUUAUUUAUUUGUUGUGUAGUGAUCGAUUAUAUUGUAAAAAAAUAACCGGAUAUCUACAAGAUGGGUUCAAAAAUCGAGUACGUGGAUUCGUCACAUCUGUACGCUACAAACUAUGUUCGAAAUUCGAAAGCUAUUGGUGUGCUUUGGGCGAUAUUUACGAUUUGCUAUGCGAUUAUAGCCGUUGUUGCAUUUGUGACACCUGAAUGGAUCGGAGAUUUAGAGACAGAGUAUCCAAGGAAGUUUGGACUAUGGCAAAUUUGUAAAGCUGAUGAAGUGGAGGACUGUAAAGGAAGGUUGGACGACUUCCUGUCAAUAAAUGGGCUGGUAUUCAAAAUUGCGACCGUGUUGGUGGGAAUAGCGGUCGCGUUGGCCCUGUUUACAAUCUGUGCAAUGCUGUUAUUCUUCUUUUGUCAAUCGACGACCGUAUUUCAUAUUUGCGCUUGGCUGCAGCUUUUAUCUGAUGUUAAAUGUCCUAAGGUUUGUACUGAUAUUGGAGCAUUCAAAAAGGCUUCUAAAACACCCGAGCAAGUCAAGGAAGAAUUAAAAACUGCUGAGGAAACUAAAACAGCUGUUCUAGAAUCUUCUCCAAUUCCAACUCUUCAAGAUGCACCUGAAAGAAUAACUUCGCCAUCUACCGGCGAUGAAUAUUUGUCUAACCUUAAACCAUGUCCUGAUGGUACAGUUGAUUGGACACCACUUGGAGAUAUGACUGGUACAAGACCCGGAGUAAAUAAAUACUCUCUCAGUAGAUAUUCCCUCAGUGAAUGGAGAAAACAUAAUCAGAAAGUUUUAGAUCCUGAGGUAAUUACCGAAUCUAAUAUUGUAGAUUAUAAUGCUAAAACAUCUAUGAUGCAAGCAUUUGGCAACAUAGAUAAACAACAAAGUGAAAAUAAUAAAAGAUUAAAACAAAAAGCAAGAGAUAUCUUCAGAUGGAAAGUAGAAGUUGAAAAAGCAUGUAAAGAAAUAACACAGGAAGUUGAAUAUUUGGAAAUAGAGAGACAAAGGUUGAAGGGAGCGUCUAGAGUAUUGAUGUUACCUGAAUCAAUUUCUAAAGAAUGUUUAGAUCUACGUUCAAAUAGGUUUGAACCAGAUUUAGUUGCUGACUUAGCAGAACAAGAAUUAAUCAAAGAAAUGAAUUUAGUGAGCGAAGUAAGAGCAACUUUGAAAAACACUCUAAAUAAAAUUGAAGAACAAAUGGCUAUAAAUAAAGCUGCUAAACACAGAAUCGAAUACGAUUGGUGUGACAAAGCCAUGGCUUAUAAUACUGAGACUAUCAAUCUUAGUCUUAAUACAAAAUCGAAUAUAAUCAUGUUUCGACCGGGUUCUACUAGAUUUGGUGAAUAUACUGCUCCAUUGGAAUACUGGGAGUAUUUUUGUAGAGAAAAUGUCCAAAACUGUGAAGCAGCUAGACAAAAGUCUGCCGAUUUAAGAGGUAGCCUUAAUGCUAUUUUAGUGAAUGGUGGAAGAAAAUUAAGAAAUCAAGCUGACAGAACUGAUAUGGCCUUAGCUGAAACUGUUGCAAUAAUGCAAGAAUUGUGCACGAAACUUGAAGAAACUUUAAGGAACACACUGCAAAGAAUUGCUGAUAUGGAGGCCUUAAUAGAUAAUUUAAAAGAUUCUAUAAGAAAAAUGGAUGCGGCUAUGAAACUAGCACAAACGAGACUGGAUAAUAGAAAUAAUUGGCGGCCACAUGGCGAGAGCGUAAGGGACCAACCACAUCUCGGUUUGAUAGAAGAAGUAAAGAAGAUCCACGAAACUGUCACUUCUCUUCUUGGGCAACUGCGAAAUGCAGAACGGGUCAGACAGGAUCUAUUGAAAAAGAGAACUGUUUUGGAAAAAGAUAUAGCUUCGAAGAGGAAGACGUUGAAUAUUGACAGAGACAGAUGUGGAAUGGUUAGAUCUCACUAUCCUUCUGCUUCGGAACUGGCUGGACAUUGACAAAUUAAUAUUAAUAAUAUUUUGAAAAUUUACUAGUAUGUUAACAAUUUAUUUAAACAGAUAUUUUUUUAUAUUAUAUUUAUUUCCUACUCUAUACGUCAUCAGUGAUGAUUGGCUAGAUAAUUGGCAUUUAAAUCUUUAUUGAUGAUAAUCAGUUAAGGCCUGAUAACAGACCAAUUAAGAAACAGGUAACCGCAUUUUCACAUUUCGGUAUAUCUAACUUUAGUAGCAUUAUAACUGUCAAUGCGUUAUUGAAUUUUUU